AUGGCAUUUGAUCAGUGCCUAAUAAUAUUCCAUUACUACGACAUCGUUAGGAAUAUCAUUCAUUACUUCACUUGUUUUAUAGCUGUUUUCAAAGUGUAUUUUCUUUUAGCUGCUUCUGUGAUUGGAAAGAACAAAAUUUGGUCUUGGGCUUCAUACUUGGAAGAUGAAAAGGCUAUUGCUGCUCCUGUCAAGCUCUUUCGAGAGUAUCAGUCCUUCCCACAGAAUAAAAAUGGUUUCAGAUCUGGCAUGAAGUUAGAAGGUAUUGAUCCUACGCAUCCAUCCAUGUACUUUGUACUCACCGUGUUUGAGGUUUGUGGUCAUCGUUUGCGACUCCAUUUUGAUGGUUAUUCUGAGUGCCACGAUUUCUGGGUGAACGCUGACUCUCCAGACAUCCACCCUGCAGGCUGGUGUGAGAAGACAGGUCACAGAUUACAUCUUCCUAAAGGGUACAAGGAGGAAGAGUUUAAUUGGCCAAAUUAUCUGAAGAUAACAAAGUCCCAAGCUGCACCAAAACAGCUCUUCAUCAAUCAAAAUACAAUGGUUACCCCUUUGGGAUUUCGUGUUGGAAUGAAACUGGAAGCAGUUGAUAGAAUGAAUCCAUCCCUGAUCUGUGUUGCUACAGUGACAGAUAUAGUUGAAAACAGGUUCCUGGUACAUUUCGAUAACUGGGAUGACACAUAUGAUUACUGGUGUGAUGCCAGCAGCCCAUACAUCCAUCCUGUAGGUUGGUGCCAGCAGCAUGGUAAACCACUGACACCUCCACAAGGUUACCCUCACCCAGAGGAUUUUUCUUGGGAUAGGUAUUUGGAAGAAACUGGAUCUUCUGCUGCUCCUGCUCGUGCAUUUAAAGUUCGUCCUCCACAUGGUUUCCAGAAAAACAUGAAACUGGAAGUUGUAGACAGACGCAAUCCAAUGCUGAUACGUGUAUCCACAAUUGUAGAUGUUGAUGACCACAGGUUAAAGAUCUAUUUUGACGGAUCGAGCCAUGUUUACAAUUACUGGGUAGAUACUGAUAAUCCAGAUAUACAUCCUGCAGGGUGGUGUGCCCGGACAGGACAUUAUCUCCAACCACCAAUUAAAGUAACAGAUUCUUCAGCUGAAUCUGGGCAAAGAGGAUGUCCAACUCCAGGGUGGAAAGCUGUUAAUCAUACAAAGAGCUCUAAAUACACCACUCAUCAUCGUAAGUGCCCAACUCCUGGUUGUGAUGGCUCGGGGCAUGUUACUGGGAAGUUCACUGCCCAUCAUCGUCUGUCAGGCUGUCCAUUAGCUGAAAGGAAUCAAGCAAGGAUGAAGGUAGAGAUGUCAGAUGCAGAAGGCUCUUCCCGAAAAAGAAAUCUCUUGUCGUUUGGUCGAAGAAAGAAAUCAAGACAUCAUGGGAGGAUUGGUCGUCCACCUAAGUAUCAUAAGCUUCAACAAGAGGAAUUAAAAGUCAGCUUUCAGAACUUGCAUCAAUCAGUCUUUAUGUCUGCCAUGUCCCCACAUCCAGCUCGUUCAUUGUCCUUGUGCUGGGAACAACACUGCAAGCUGCUUCCAGGUGUGGCUGGAAUUAGUGCCAGUAAAGUGGCCAAAUGGACUAUCGAAGAGGUGGGAAACUUUGUUCAGACGCUCACUGGCUGCGAGCAACAGGCAAAGCUCUUCAAAGAGGAGUCGAUCGAUGGGGAGGCUUUUCUUCUUCUAACACAGGUGGAUAUAGUGAAGAUCAUGAGCAUUAAACUUGGCCCAGCAUUAAAGAUUUAUAACUCAAUUCUUAUGUUCAAAAGUGCAGAUGAUACUCUAACAUGA